AUGAGCAUAAUACGAGCUCGCGGGGUGAACCUCGCCGCCGCCGGGGCGAAUACACGCGAUGGAGAUGUGUACAGGAUGGGCUCGCGGAUCAACCUUCGCCGCAGCUUGGGGUCGAUUGGCUCUCUGCUGCGCAGAAGUGAUUGUGUUGCUACCGAUGCCUCCAACACUUGCGAGAAGCCUGUUGGGCCAUCGGACUCGACGCUCGCCAUUGUGCUGGGUAUUAUAAGCAGAAUCCCCGUCAUUUUGGCCAUCGUGGUUCUCUUCAUCCUGCACCGCCGGAACAUGCGCCGCGACAAGCUCGAGGAGCUCAACGACCCGACCAAGGACUUGGAUUUCGGCAUGGGAGAUGCCCCCGCCAAGUCGCGAAAGAGCCUGCUGGGAUUAGGGGGAGAGAAGCCGAUGCACAAGGGCGGACUCUCCAUGGACAUGAACCUCACGUCGCCGUACCUGCUUCCUCCGGGCCACCAAGGAUCGCGCGAAUCAAUUCACUCGUAUGCUCGAACCCUCACAACCGAAGAUGACCCCUAUAGAACCGUCAACCAAUAUGCAGCUAGUGAUGUUGGUUCGAUCCGAUCCUUCAACCCCAACGACAACUCUGGUGCGCGCCCUCCCAAGUCCAGCGGUCUCUCCAAGCCUCCUAUGCAGCCAAACCCGUCGACGCCACGCUCCCCGUCUCCGGAUGAGAAGGACGACCCCUUUGCCACUCCCACCGCUCCCAAGCCUACGCAUCAGCCUUCCGCCAACGCCGCCCAGGUCCACGAUGUCAGGCUUCCUGUCCAGCCAAUCGUCCCGGAAAUCGAAACGGUCCCUGCAGUCGACGUCUUCAACGCCGACGAAUUUGUGAUGCCCGACAUCCCGGCUCCCGCUCCCGCUGCUCUGAAGCUCCGCCAACAGGACGGUUCCUAUGAGCAGCCCAACUCGGCGCGUUCAUCUGCCUACACUGAUAAUGGCCGUGCCUCCACGGCCAACCCUGCUGAUGGAAACGUUCCCCAGAUCCACUCUCCCGGACAAGACUCUCAUGAACGCGCUUCUGAAGACGAACCCCGUGGUCGACCUCUCUCAAGGCCUCCUGCCCCUGGCGGUCUCGGUGUUCCGCAAAACGGCAACAACAAGCGACUCUCU